UUUAUUACUGCCCUCUGAAAACCAACAAAAGGAAACCACCUUCACUAUUUGUGACCCCUUUUCAAUUUUUCGUUUUGUCCUUCACUUCCAUAUUUCCACAAUCAUAUCACUCUCAAAUGGGACAAGAAUCAGAUUCCAAGAGCAAGUUGGUAUUAGAGAUUUGCUCCAUUUCUACACGUUCUGUGGUAUGUGUUCAUAGACUUCUCUCAAACCCAUCCAAGGCAACUUUCGUUGACUGGUAUUGCAUUCUUGGAGUGGAAGAAAAUGCAGCGGUGAAUGCCAUUCGCAAGCGGUACCAUAAACUGGCUUUGCAAGUUCAUCCAGAUAAGAAUAAACAUCCCAAGGCUGAAAUUGCUUUCAAGCUUGUUUCUGAGGCGUAUACAUGUCUAUCUAAUGCAGCAAAGAGAAAGGCCUUUGACUUGGAGAGAUAUAAGCGUUUCUGCUUCGAGUGCAAAAGAAUUCCGUAUACAUCUAGCAAUGCCCCGGGCAAUUCAAGUGGUUUAAGCUUCAAGGCAUGGGAUUUUAUCAGAAGAUCAAGAUCUUUUAAACUUUGGAGAAAUAUUAGGGACAUGAGAGAGAGGUUCAAAGACGAGGCUAAGGUGAUAGAGAAUUGCUUGCGAACAAAUUCAAUGUCAAGGGAAGAAUCUCCACUCUAUAAUCCUGUUGGCUUUCUACACAGAAGCAAGUCAGUGCAUAGAUUUGAGAAAGAAACGCCAAUUUUCAAUCCAUCGGAUUACUUGUAUCAAGGCUACCCUCAUGUGAGGAGUAAUAUUUACAAGAAUUCUUCGACAUUUUGGUAUCUGCAGAGAAAUAAUAUGCUGCACAAUGACGUGGGAGGAGUGCACCAUGCCUCUCCUGUUUUUGAAGUCAAAUCAAGAAGUAUGUUUGCUAGUAAAUUCGCUUUUGUCCCAUCAAAAUGUUAG